AAACAUUGAGGGAUGGUGCUUCUUCUAGCUAGACGUCCAGAUCGCGCCGCUUCGUGCUAGGGGCUCCACCACAACGAGAGCAGUCCUUGUUCGUCAUUCACGUGCGUGGGUAUCUGCGGUUUUGGGUCGUUGUCUAGGCAGAGUUGGGUCCUUUCUGGCGGGCAUCAGGCGAGACACACACGCUGGGGAAAUUUGCUGGCAGGGUGUGAACUCCUGGUGGGCUGAAGGAGAUCAGUGUCUCCCAGCUGGUACGGCGUUGGGGCCAACAUGGCGGUCCAAAUUGAAGCACCAGAAUCCCCAACAAAGCAUGCAGAUGGGGAGGUGGACGACAGGAAGGCACGCUGCAGGCAAGUCCGCACGACGGUGGCGCUCAUGCUCAGCUUCAUCGUGGAGAAGGCGGAUGAGAUGAUCCUUCCAGCAGCCUACAAGUUCAUUGGGCAAUCGUUGAACGCCACCCCUGCGCAGCUGGGCAGCAUCACGCUCACCCGCGCGCUAGUGCAGGCGCUUUCGUCUCCCCUAGGUGGGCUGCUGGGAGAUCGGUUGGACAGGACACACAUCAUUGCAUUUGGGUGCUUCCUGUGGGGAGUUAUGACGAUGGCCAUCGGCUUAUCUACCACCCUCACUCAGGCGAUGAGCUUCUCAGCGUGGAAUGGGCUUGGGUUGGCGUUAGUCAUCCCAUGCGUUCAGAGUCUUAUAGCAGACGUUUACUCCUCCACCACACGGGGACGAGCAUUUGGGCUGCUCUUCCUCACGUCAGGGCUUGGGGGUAUGGCGGGGGGUUUUUUUGCGACCAGCAUAGGCAGCCAGAAGCCGUUUGGGGUGGAUGGCUGGCGCUUUGCAUUCUUUGUCAUCGCUGGCAUCAGCGUGUGCACCGGCUUCCUCACCGCCUUCAUGGCCUCCGACCCCCGCAAGGGGGAGCUGAGGAAGUGCGGCGCGAACCGGCGGGAGUGCUUUGGGUGGCUCUGCCAGCGCAGCCGCGAGAUGGCGCGGGACAUUUACCUCGUGCUGCGCGUUCGCUCCUUCCAGAUCAUUGUCCUCCAGGGCAUAGUGGGGACGAUGCCGUGGGUGGCCAUGGGCUUCACGACGCUCUAUCUGCAGCUGCUCGGAUUCUCCGACAUAAAAGCCGCCACGCUCGUCGCCCUUUUCGGCCUUGGCUGCGCCCUUGGCAGCUUUGGCGGCGGCUAUAUCGGCGACAUGCUGACCAAGGCCUUCCCAAACUCGGGGCGCAUUAUGGCGGCGCAGUUCAGUGUUCUCAUGACCUUCCCCUGCACGCUCGUCAUCUACAAGUGCCUCCCAGUGACGGCCCCCGGCGGCAUGGACACCAUGGUUCUGCCCUACGCCGCGGUCUUCUUCUUCACCGGCCUCCUCAUCAGCUGGUCUGGGACAAACAACAGCGCAAUGUUUGCGGAGAUUGUGCCGGAGCAGCUGCGGUCGGCCGUGUACGCAUUCGACCGCUCCUUUGAGGGCGCCGUGGGAGCCACUGCCGCGCCACUAGUAGGUUUGGUGGCGGAGAAGGUGUUUGGGUUCCGAGGCUCGCUGGGGUCGGAGGCUGUGCCGGACGCGGCGCUGCAGCUGGCCAACGCGCACGCGCUCGGCAAUGCCAUGCUAGUGCUCUUACUGGCGCCCUGGGGCUUUGACUUCAUCUUCUACUGCGGGCUGUACUACACGCUGCCGAAGGACCGGGAGCGCAGCCGCACGCUGGGGCGGCUGCUGACGUACACGCAGUCGGACGCCAACCUGUGCGAGCUGGGCCGCAUCCCCGCGCCCGACAGCGACCAGACCGACUCCAACCUCGGCAAGCUCAGCAUGCCCAUGAAACGCUCCAGCAACCCCACCGAGUUUUUCUCUUGAACCUGCCCAGGCAGCGCCGCCACAUCAGACCGGGCUUUCUGAGGAGGCUCAACUGCAAGAUC